UCGCCGCCGCCACGACGCAACGUGUAGUUACACGCAUACGCACACGCAUACGCACACGGGCAGGCGUGUCCUUGGGAUGGUGCGGGGGUGACAUGUGAUUAUGUAAACAGGACUGACGAAAUGAAGCUCCAAGCUACCCUGUUGCAAAGGAUAAUUCUGCUGAUAACCACGUUAUGCACAGGGGUUGGUGGUCUGAGGGAUGUAGAGAUACGCGCCCCUAUAGCAGUGUCUCCCGGGUCCUCCGCGACCCUCACCUGCAGAUACGACCUCGAGGGCGACCCCCUCUACACAGUCAAGUGGUAUAAGGGCCGCCAGGAGUUCUUCCGAUACGUGCCUAAGGAGCUUCCGCACACCAGGGUGUUUCCUCUUCCCGGAGUCAACGUUGACAUAAGUGCGUCGGGCCCAACCAAGGUAGUUCUGAGAGACGUACAGAAGUCCCUGUCGGGGAAAUAUCGCUGUGAAGUGUCGGCGGACGCGCCCAACUUCCACACACAAGUAGUCUCCACACAUAUGCACGUGAUACGCAACCUGGAGGGAGAUCCUCGCAUUUUACUGGAGAAGAUGAGGUACAGUGUAGGGGACACGCUGCGAGGCAACUGUACAGCGCCCCCUAGCAGUCCUCCAGCGAACAUAACCUGGGAGGUGAAUGGUCGUAAGGCUCCACCGAAGAGUAUACGCCACAUCAUUUGGAGAAGCAACUUCGACGAAGACUCCAAGUCGUUGACGAUAGCGGAUCUGGAGUUUGAGGUAGACCUGGGAGUGAUAGAGAGUGGCGGAGGCAAGCUGGAGGUCCGAUGUAGAGCGGACGUCUACGGAGCUUACAUCACCGAGGCCAGAGUACUGCUAGUAGAGGAGCGGCCUCGGCUGGCCUCGGUGCUGGGGACCAGGGACUCGUCCACAGGGCAGCACAGCACAUGGUCCAUCAGUUUGUGGAUGUUACCUCUGACAGUGCUCAUGACGCGGUAACGGCCUGCCUAUGUGUCAUGUACAUGAACCAUCUUAUGUUACAUUGUAUAACGAUAACUAAUGUAUGUUUCAGGGCAGCACAGCACAUGGUCCAUCAGUUUGUGGAUGUUACCUCUGACAGUGCUCAUGACGCGGUAACGGCCUGCCUAUGUGUCAUGUACAUGAACCAUCUUAUGUUACAUUGUAUAACGAUAACU